AUGACCGCCCCCAUCCCCAUCGGCUCCUCCUCCGGCCCGCACAUCGACACCGCCGCCUCCGCGCAACCCGCCCCAGGUCCAGCGGGACACGCACACCACCCCUCCACAUCCUCCACCCAAUCCUCCUCGCCCGGUGCAAGCCCCCAAACUCCCUUCUCUCCCUCUUUUGCCAUCUCCCCAUCCUCCGCCACCGCUCCCAACGGCAACGGCAACGGCAACCCCAACUCGUCCAUCCUCAAAUGGGCAUCCACCUCCUUUUCACUCGGUAAAUCCCCUAACUCACAACCAUCGAUCCUCGCCGCUCGGCCCACUCACCCACACCACCAGUCCUUCUCUAGCACGACCAGCGGUGAAUAUGAUCAUGGGGACGACCAUGAGACGCACGACGCGCUCGAGUUUGGGGAUAUCUCGGAUAUGUCCCGGAGCAGCUGGACGGCGCAUACGCGGAGGGCGGUGAGCAUGAGUAACCCCUCUGGCCAGCCCGCGAGUGCUGGCGCUGGUGGCACCGGGGCAGGUCUCAGUGUGGCCGGCGGAGGAGGUGGACUGGGAAUGAGUCCUGGGAAAGCAGGAGGACAGAGCGGGAUCAGCGCGAUGCUUUCGGGUUUCGGGGGCGGUGCGGGAUCAGCGGGCUUACCGAGCAAUGGCGCAGGCGUGCCAGUGGGGGGUCCACCCUCAGUGGGCGGGGGAGUCUUCGCGGAGAACGUAGCAAAGGGGCAGGGGCUGCUUAGGCGUCUGAGCCUCGGUGGGGCCGGACGAGGCAGACCACAGAUGAAUCCCGGCCCAAUGUCCCCUCCACUCCCGACAGCGAAUCCGAUGCCAAACUCCUCCCCCGCUGCGUCCGCUGCAGCCGCGGCCGACAGCGGGAAACUGCAGGUUGAUUCGGGCGGCGGAGGGACGGCGCAGCGCGGGCGGCGAUAUAGCGAGAACCCGGGUGCAGGCGGGAAGAAGCGGGGUGUCAGUCCGAUGGGCGAGAGGAUCCUUCGGGACCACGGUCAUUUCUAG